GCCCAAACACUAGUACCCAUUUGACCCAUUAAGACGAAGAAAGCCCUUUUUCUGCUAAAACCUUCAACUCCCUCCCUCCACAAUCAAGUCUCGCCACCACCACUACUCCGCCGUGACCCCCAGGCGACCAUUUCUGCAAGAGUGAAAAAAAAAAAAAAAUGAACAAGAAGGAAGUAUUCAAGUUAGCUAAAGGUUUUAGGGGAAGAGCUAAGAAUUGUAUCAGGAUAGCUAGAGAAAGGGUGGAGAAGGCCCUUCAAUAUUCUUAUCGAGAUCGACGUAAUAAAAAGCGUGAUAUGCGUUCCCUUUGGAUUGAGCGUAUCAAUGCCGGCACUCGUGUUCAUGGUGUCAAUUAUGGUAACUUCAUGCAUGGACUGAUGAAAGAGAACAUCCAACUAAACAGGAAGGUUCUAUCAGAGUUAUCGAUGCAUGAACCAUAUAGUUUCAAGGCUCUUGUUGAUGUUUCACGCACUGCUUUUCCUGGGAACAAAAACACACCAUCGGCUCCAAAGAAGGAAGGGCUUGCGAUCUUGGUUUGAUUACAACUCUUUCAUGUUAGUCAUUAAAAACUUUGUUUUAGAUUUGUUAAAGAAGAAUCAAGACAUUUUAGUGCCAUAAUAUGCUAAAUAAAUCUCUUGAUCCGUCUUUUUGAAA